GACACACGCAGUGUCACGGUCCACGCUUUUGCGAUCGCAAACUUCAACAGACCACCCGACGAGGUCUGCACGCUCAUGAAACUAGCAGAAGAGAGGCUCGUAAAAAUGGGUGAGAUCUUACUUGAGAUACAUUGCCGCGUCAGUAUGUUAGCCAUCGUGAGCUGCUACCUAUGCGUGUUCAAGUCGCAAUUGAUAAAGCGGAGGGAAAUGACGCGUCAGAAUAACAAGUAUGUCCUUUCUACCCUCGCCUUCCAUCCUGAACACACUCCAACAGAGCAACUUUAUAAAAUGUCUGCGCAUCACACGCCUCGUGGCAUGGGACGACAUGUACAAUCCGUCAUUAUCGAGGAAAACCUUAUCACUUCGCUUUGGGGCAGUCCGCCGCUCGAGAUUUUCAUUCGCACGAGUGGCGUGAAGCGAUUGAGCAGUUUUCUGCAGUGGCAGGUGUUACUGCGAAAACAUGCAGUCCACGUGGUAAAUACCUAUUGGCCCGACUUCAGCCUCUGGGACUUUGUGCCAAUUUUACUAGAUCAUCAGGGGAAGGUGUGGGCACGAUAG